AUGCGAUCAAACGAGCCAACCAACAAGAACGAAAAAAAAAUUGAUGAAGUGAUAACAGUAACGAAAAAAGACGAAAAGAAGAAAAGUGAUUCAGACGACAAGAAGGACAAAGAGAAGCGUCGAGAUUCCGUAACAGGUUCAACUUUGGAUACAAGUUCAUCAAACAGUUCUGUGGAUUCGGAUGAAGUUGACGCAGCGGAACAUAAUGAUUCAAAAAGUACGAUAACUUUCGAAGGAUCAAAGUUGCAAGUGGAUAGUCAUAAAGUCGAUGAUUCUAUCAAUGAAGUGAUAAAGAGAAUCUCUACAAUUUCAAGUGCCGAAUCAGGUGAAGUACCUAAAUCAGAUAUAAACAACGACAGAGAGGAUGAGCAGAUAAUGGAUGAGGAUAAUGGCGCUGAUGAACAAAAUGGUCCAGAGAAUAAUUCAAAGAAGCCGAGGAAACGCAAUCGGAAGCAAGGUAGAAAAAAUAAACCAAACAUUCCAUCUAAUAAAAAUGAAACGUUUUCGAAUAAAACUAACCUCUCAUGCACAGUCGAUGGUGAUACAAAAGAAAGUACACUAGAGGCUUUGAAAGAUAGUGUUAUGGAUACUUAUCCGAAAUUAGGAGCUUGGGUGGCAAGAAAAGAAGUUAUGAGCGUUGAUGGAAUGGAAACGUCGAAUUUGUUGUAUAUGAUUGAUACCAGCAAUAAGUUUGCGCACCGUUUUACUCAUUGGAUACGAGAGUUUUAUAUCUCAGCUAUUGAUGGCGACGUUGAGAAAUUCAUGAUUAAGUUCACCAGCAUUGUACAAAUUUUAAAAAAGAAAGCUUGCAGUGAGCAUUAUAAGCAUAUGUCUGGACAUCAAUUGAAGGAACACGUGAUGAACAAUGUUAUCUGUGCAUUCUUCAAUAAAUCAGAGAACACAUCUAUUUUGCAUCACCUUGCACCAACCAAAAAUACUGACUGUCCAUGUAGUAUGAGAAACCAUGGUUACUGCAGAUUGAUUAAAAUAAUUUUGAAUAUGUUACCGUGGAAAAAUCGAAGAAUUUUACUUGCUACAUCCACAAAAAUAACUGGAAAAACUGCUCUGCAUUUAGCAGCUGCUACGGGGCAGCCUUGUCAAAUGCAAGCUUUGAUGGAUUUUGGAGCCUGGCCAGAUUUUUUCGAUCAUUCUGGACGCGCACCAUUACAUUACGCCAUUAUGAGAAAUAAUUUAGAAAUGGUGAAAUUGCUUUUGUGGUACGGAGCAGACAUAUCAUUAAAAGAGCGUUCGGCGACACCACUUCAACUUGCAGGCUCUUCACCAACAACUACAUCAAUAUGUGAAUACUUACAUGCACGAGUAACUGCAUUAGAAAAAAUAUUUAUGCAGUGGGUAAAGAAGUACGUGAGAGGUGUUUGGACACCUGUACAUGCUAUUUCCGACUUGCAUUUUGCAAAGUUAUCAAAAGCAUGCGAUUCAAGAAGAGAUGCAUCUCGGAAUUUCAUAACCAAAACUCGUAAAAUCCAUAUAAAUAUUUCGGGGACACGUACUGCCAACCUGCAGCUGAAGAAAUGUCCGCUUAUGUUACUCUUUAUUGUACCAACAUUCUACAAGGGGGAAGACAGAGUGGCGGAUGCUUCUAAUCCGCAGAUAUUUUGUGCAAAACUGCAAAACGUAAAUGGAAUCGUUGUUAAAUUACUUCCAUUAACACCAUUACUAAGUUGUUCGAAGUGGAAUAUUGACAUUAGAUCAGCCCUUGAAAAACCUCAUAAUGGAUAUUUUUACGUCUAUAAACUGCCAGAAAAUAUUGAAGUUGAUUCGUACACACUUCACUUGAUGGUAGAAUUAGAGGAGUUACGUUUUCAAGCUUCCCACAUAACACUUGCAGUACAGGCUUUUGCAUGUGGUCCACCAGACUUAGAGCACUAUAACGAAUUACGAGGUCUCGUAACUCACUCAAACAACAAAACAAAAAUGGACUGA